UACAAACCCACCCAAUCAAACCAAUUGUCUCUCUUCUUUGGUUGUUCUAACUCCUACCCAAUCUUCCCAGGCCCUGGCCUAGUGCAUAAGCCACGGGCCACGGGCCACAAGCCACCAAAGGACAGUGAUCCAUUCACGUAGGCUACGAUCGGAUUCAAUUCGUGAUUUCCAUUACCUCUUAUCAAUUAGAUGUUUAUUGACAGUGACAGUAAUUCACCAAAAUCAUUUCCUGGAAAAGAAAUUGUCUCAAUGGAUCCAAAACCAAUAGAUGAUGAUUAUUUUUGGGAUACUGAUGAUGAUCUUGAAAUGGAGUUUUUGAAUGCUACUGUUAAUGAUCAGGGUGUAGUAGAUGAAUUGGCCUCAUCUAGUGAAUCUCCGACCUACAAUCCCAGAAAAAUCAGACAUUUUGUAUCGAUGGGAUUUUCGAAAAAAUUGGUGAUCCAAGCUAUUAAGGAAAAUGGAGAGGACAAUGAUGAAGCAAUACUGAACAGUCUUCUGACCUACACAGUUCUGGAAGACUCUCCUGGAGAAAAUAUUUCUUCCGCUUCUCAUUUGAAUUCACCCACUGAUAUUGAUGAGUCUUAUUUAGAUGGCUUUUCUGACUCAGAUAGUGAUUGUGGAGAUGCAAAGGGAAGUGGAGGAAAUUCUGAUAUUCAGGAAAUUCUGGUUAAAAUGGGUUACCAACUUGAAGAUGUUCUAAUUGCUGUACAGAGAUGUGGUUCCGAUGCUUCACUGGAGGAAUUGACGGAUUACAUAUGUGCUGCUGAAGUUGCAAAAACUGCUGAUUUAACAGAUUAUCGGGAAACAACACAAAGAGUUUUGAUGGACAAAAAAAGAAAGCUUGUUCACAUCAGUCAUAGGCAUGCAAAGCGACCAGAAAGGCCAGUAAGGUCAGCAAGAAUUGUAGAAAGCGUUUUUCCUAAAAAUAUGAUUGGAUUUGGGCUUCCAGGAGACAUUCCUACUUAUAGGAAAUUACCCGAUGAUGUUGUUGGUCCGCCAUACUUCUACUAUGAGAAUGUGGCUUGCACUCCUAAGGGGGUUUGGGACAUAAUUUCUCGGUUCUUGUAUGACAUAAAACCAGAAUUUGUGGAUUCCCUACACUUCUCUGCAGCUGCAAGGAAACGAGGCUACAUUCAUAACCUCCCUCUUGAGAACCGGCAACUUUUGCUCCCUAUUCCACCAAAGACAAUCCAUGAGGCACUACCGGAGACAAAAAGGUGGUGGCCUUCAUGGGAUAAGAGGACAAAGCUUAACUGCCUCUUAACAUGCAUCGGAAGUGCUCAAUUGACGGAGAAAAUCAGGCAGAGGCUUCAAUCUGGCGAACCUUCUGAAUCUGACAAAAAGUUUGUCAUCGAACAAUCCAAAAAAUGGAACUUAGUGUGGGUCGGAAAGUGUAAAGUGGCUGUGCUUGAACCCGAAGAAAUGGAGAUGCUGCUUGGAUUCCCAAAACAUCACACAAGAGGUGGUGGCAUUAGCCGGACUGAUCGAUACAAAUCCCUUGGCAACUCCUUUCAGGUCGACACAGUUGCCUACCAUCUUUCUGUGUUAAAGCCCUUGUAUCCUAACGGUAUGACUGUUCUAUCGCUCUUUUCUGGCAUCGGUGGAGCAGAGGUUGCCCUUCACAGACUUGGGAUCACCUUGAAGAAUGUUGUAUCGAUCGAGAACUCUUCUGUGAACCGGAAAAUUCUCCACAGCUGGUGGGAAGAAACGGGGCAAAAGGGUAGACUAAUCCACGUCGAAGAUGUGAGACAGGUCGAAAAUCAGAUGAUAGAUAAGUGGAUCAACGACUUUGGUGGUUUUGAUCUAGUGAUUGGCGGUAGUCCUUGCAAUAACUUGGCUGGUGGCAAUCGAAGGACCAGAGAUGGACUCGAAGGAGAACACUCGUCUCUCUUUUUUGAGUACUACCGCAUCUUAGACUAUGUCAAGGUUGCAAGGAAGCGCAGAACAUACAACAACGAUAAUGUCAAGACGUUAAUUCCAAAAGACUAGUAUUGAGAUGUUACUUCUCGUCGUUAGUAUUUUUUUUUUCUUAGAUUGAUACAUUUGGUAUACCUGCUAGGAAAUAGAUGUUCAAUUAAAGACACACAUUAGAAGGGGAAAAAAGUUCAUUUUGUUUGCCAUCAUGACCUUAUAGAACUGAAC